ACUUUCAGUCCCAUUCUCCCAAAUCUCACACCAUCCUUCUCGUCUUCUCCAUCGGCCCCCUCUUCUCCACCUCUCCAAUCCCAAACCCUAACCCUAACCCUAACCCUAGAACCAGACCUCCAAGCCGCAUCCAUGGCGAUCCGCAAGCUCCUCUCACUCGCGCGCCGACCCCGCCCACCAUAUCUCCUCCCCUAUCGCACCGCAUCCACCGCAGUCGCUACAGCCGCCGACUCCUCCCCUGCCCCCGUCACCCCUCCGGUGAUGAUCUACGACCAUCUUGCCGCCGCUGUGAAGGCGAAGAUCAAGCGCCUUGAUGACCCUGACCCGCGCUUCCUCCGUUAUGCUUCUCCCCACCCCAACCUCGCUGAUCAUUCCUCUAUUCUCGCUGCCCCCGCCACCCGCGUUACGACUCUCUCCAAUGGCCUCCGCGUCGCUACGGAGUCCACCCUCGCCUCCAGCACUGCCACCGUUGGCGUCUGGAUCGACGCUGGUAGCCGCUUUGAGACCGAGGAGACCAACGGGACGGCGCAUUUCUUGGAGCAUAUGAUCUUCAAGGGGACGGAAGAUAGGACGGUAAGGCAGCUUGAGGAGGAGAUCGAGAACAUGGGUGGGCAUCUGAAUGCUUAUACCUCGAGGGAGCAGACAACGUAUUAUGCGAAGGUGCUGGAUCACGAUGUGCCGAAGGCUCUGGGGAUCCUUGCGGAUAUACUUCAGAAUUCCUCGUUUGAUGAGGCGAGGAUCAACCGAGAACGCGAUGUGAUUCUUCGAGAGAUGGAGGAGGUGGAGGGACAAACUGAAGAAGUUAUCUUUGACCAUUUGCAUGCAACCGCUUUCCAGUACACUCCGCUGGGCAGAACCAUUCUUGGUCCUGCUUCGAAUAUCAAGACUAUCACCAAAGAACAUCUCAAGAAUUACAUUUCAACUCAUUAUACAGCUCCUCGGAUGGUCAUUUCUGCCUCUGGUGCUGUUAAGCAUGAAGAUGUAGUUGAGCUAGUGAAGAAACUAUUCAUAAAGCUUUCAACUGAUCCAACCACUGCAUCUCAGUUGGUUGCAAAAGAACCUGCUGUUUUCACUGGUUCUGAGGUUCGGAUAAUUGAUGAUGAUAUGCCCCUUGCACAAUUUGCGGUUGCUUUCAAUGGAGCCUCCUGGACUGAUCCUGAUUCUAUUGCUCUGAUGGUCAUGCAAUCGAUGCUGGGUUCUUGGAACAAAAGCGUUGGUGGUGGAAAGCAUAUGGGCUCAGAGCUCGCACAAAGGUGUGCAAUUAAUGAAAUAGCCGAGAGCAUGAUGGCUUUUAACACAAAUUAUAAGGACACUGGCCUCUUUGGUGUUUAUGCAGUUGCCAAGCCGGAUUGCUUGGAUGAUUUGGCGUAUGCAAUUAUGUAUGACAUCAGCAAGAUGUCAUACCGAGUUUCAGAUGCUGAUGUUAAACGUGCCUGCAAUCAGCUAAAAUCCUCUCUGCAACUUCACCUCGAUGGCACAACUCCCAUUGCUGAGGAUAUAGGUAGACAGCUCCUUACAUAUGGCCGUCGAAUUCCUGCUGCUGAACUCUUUGCAAGGAUUGAUGCAGUUGAUGCAAGCACCGUGAAGCGAGUUGCAAAUCGUUUCAUAUUUGAUCAGGAUGUUGCCAUUGCUGCCAUGGGACCAAUCACGAAGCUCCCCGACUACAACUGGUUCCGCCGCAGGACCUACUUGCUCCGCUACUAGUUCUCUCAUUAAGUUUAUUUUUGUUUUAGUUUCUCUCAAAAGCUCAUAACAGAGUUUCACCCCGCUUUGCUUUUUCAGAAGACUCUCAGUUUGAAUUUUUUUUUGUUUCAUAUCUAUAUUCCAUUCCGUGAUGUAACAUCCGAUUUGUGCUAAUAAUAAGCAGCCAGUGACAUAACUAUCAUUUCUCUAGUUCCUUCAACCAAAUGGAGCCAUUGGUGUUGUUUCUGAAA